CUCCUCUUCAUCAGGACCAGGUCUGAUGUAGACCUGGUCCUGAUGCACUUAAAGUAUACUCAACAUAUCAGCUUACCCACAAUGCACCUGAGUCCUGGAAGGGUCUGUCUGAGAAAAGACCUGCAGCGCAAAGCUGUGGCCAGAAGUCCAACGUCACGUGAUGAAGCUCCGCCUCUUCCUCAGGACUUCAUUUGUCCUCCAUGAAAGACUCAAAGUCAUGUUUCACUUUUUGUCUUUGGGGUCAUCCUCCCUGAGAUCUGUGUGCUGCUCCUUGUUUCUCCAGGCUGAGGGAGAGAAAAAGGCCGAGGCGGUCGCCACCGUCGUGGCCGCCGUCGACCUUGCUCGGGUCCGGAAGCCCGUCCUCGAGGAGGGCGACCGGGCCGAGGAGGACGAGGCCAUGGACGUGAAGGAGCAGGAAGCAGUACCUGCAGACAAACCAGCUCAGGCCACAAAAACUGCUUCUGAAGAGCAGAGACAUGUGCAUGUCCAACAGGUCCAGCAGGUCCAGAGGUGGACUGAUGUCUCCUCCAAUGUGGACUCUGGUGUCUCCUCAGUCCCACAUUUCACCGUCUCUAAAGUUUCUGUUCCUAAACAUGAACCGAGCCACGAGGUGUCAAUCGUGGGUUCGGCCUUCGCCGUUCUGCACAAAGAGCUGUCCUCCCCUUCUGCUACCAGGAAGAUCAUCAAGCCCGUCAAGUCUCCCAGUCCCUCUCGCAGGAGGGCAGCGGAGGCAAGAGUGGUGCCGGAUCCCCUCCCACCACCAUUCAAAGAUGUCCAAGUUCRGAGGCAGAUUGAGGGCGGGGCUUAUGCAGUGAGUGAGGAGGAGUUUGAGGACUGGGAGCCUCAGGUUGGUUCUUCACUCUGUUCUCCUUCGUCUUCUCACUUUAACCUUCACCUCAGUUCCCCUCCUACCGUAACGCACCAACCAAUCACAUGCUGUCCUUCAUGAAGACRACUCCUCCUCUUCCUCCUCCUGUCUCCAUCCGUCUGUCUCUCUGCAAGGUUUUAUCUGUCCCCACCAGCUUCCUCCCUCCUCACCGAUUGUUGACAAACACCUUGUUUCUUCUCCUUCUUCACUCUUAAUGU